CGGAGUCGCUAAAAGCCUCGUCAGACACCUUGUGGAGCAGAAGACUGCGAGCGCACGACGCGUGCGAGGUGAAAUGCGGCCGGAUAAUGGCACGAGCCUGUCGCGUGCGUCUCGGGCUGUAGUGUAACAUCGGUGUGGCACGAGAGGCGCCAUGAAGAAGCACCUGAGCCCCACGAAGCAGCAGCAGCAGCCGCCGCCGCCGCCGCCGCCGCCUCACGUCCCGGCUCCCGCGUGCGAGAUGACGGUCCAGAGGCUCAACGAGCUGCUGUCCGACGGCAGCGGCUUCUACAGCCUCCCGACGCAGCACUUCAACGAGGUGUUUCCCAGGAUCUACGUCGGCAACGCGUUCGUCGCCCAGAACACCAUGCGCCUGCAGAAGCUCGGGGUGACGCACGUGCUGAACGUGGCGGAGGGAACGUCCUUCAUGCACGUCAACACCAGCGCCGAGUUCUACGCCGGCACGGGCAUCGCGUACCACGGCAUCCAGGCCAACGACACGGAGCAGUUCAACCUCAGUGCCUUCUUCGAGGAGGGGGCUGACUUCAUCGACAAGGCCCUCGCACACAACAAUGGCAAAGGGAAGGUGUACGUGCACUGCAGAGAGGGCUACAGCCGCUCCCCCACCAUGGUGGUGGCCUACCUCAUGCUGCGCCACAGAAUGGACGCCCGGCUGGCGGUGGCCACCGUGCGGCACAAGAGGGAGAUCGGCCCCAACGACGGCUUCCUCCGCCAGCUGUGCCAACUGAACGAGAGGCUGGCGAAGGAGGGCAGGCUGAACGGGGAGGUGGGCAAACUGAAGGGCAAAUGAAGCCCCGCCCCCGUCUCCGCCCGUCAGGCCGCCUCUCAGACGGCCCCGACCAGCAGCACGCGACGCCCCCGGGGUGUGAGGGAACUCAUUCCUGCAUUUCCCUGCACACACUUCACCCACACACGCCCGUUCCUUUCCCAUCGUCGGUCCCGCUCGUCGCCUCCAUCUUAAAACAUUCCUUCAAUUCCCACAACUCGACGGGGCCGAAAACGUGAUUCUGUGAUUUCUGAAAUCGGCCCGAAUCGUCGCAGGUCCAUCGUUCCGGAUUAUAGCACAAUCAUUCCAUAGUUUUCCACUGCCGGGAAUGUCAGUGAUGCCUCCGCCAGCAGGAGCGAUCCACAAAUUCCAGACAAACCCCGAAAUAUUGGUAUCCAUGCGAACGGAUGGAGUAAAAUUCCCAAACAUUCCACAAAAACAGAUUUGUUUGCGCAGGCAACACUUAAAAUGAUUUAUGUCCUACUUAGGUAUCGAACAAAUAAAUGCACAAACACUCCAAUGCACCAAAACGCAACAUGCACGGAGCCUCCUAUUCAACACAUGCCUACACGAGGGGUGCACACACUCCUGAUGCGUUGCCUGAAGAUCGGCAUCGCCAAGAAAUUAGCGUUAAAAGUCCCAGCAGACGAGCGUUCACGCCCUGGGUUCUGAACGCGCCCGAGCAGCGCCGGCGCCAGAUGCACCGGUUCCUCCGCGCCCCCGCUCGCUCCAGACGCGGGAUGUCGCCCGUCUGCUGCCCGAGAGUCGUCCACUGCCAAAGGCCUGACACAGCAUCCGACGCCACCGCUCCAUCAGCGCUUUGAGUUGCACAUGAGUCACUGGUCAGUGUGUCAUAGGUUCUGGACCAGCCUGGCUGUAUGCACACGCAGGGUCCAACCACCGAGCCUCUCAUCCCUUGUCUGUACAAAAGCAUUGCGAUAUAUGUCAAUACCCAAUCAGAUAUAUACUGUAGAAUGUAAUCACAUCUAGCUGACGUAUCCAGGCUCUAGUUACACACACACACACACACACACACACAUCUAUGUAUAUAUUUAACGUAUUUAAUUCUGGGCAUAAUACUGUAGAGUAGACCUGGCGCCAGCGUUUUUAAAACCUGGCGCUGGUUUUGAAGUGUUUGAGACAUUUGGAGCCGUGUGAGGUUUGUACACAUGCGAGAGGAGUCUGAGGUUCCAGCGUCUCACUAGAAACUGUCUCACAUCAUCGUUUAUCCCUCCUUUAAUAUAUCUGUAUACAUAUGACUAUAUACAUGAAUACUGUAUAUACAUAUUUACGUGUUGACAUAUAUGAAUGUCUGAGCAAUGUGUCUAUAACGUGUAGGUAUCGUCCGUAUGUCUUAUAUAUCAUGUUCUUAUCGUAUAUCUCCAAUAACGCCUUCAUUUCUCGGCUUCGCGGUUCUUUACGACGCAUGUGCAUUAAUAUUCACGUAUGAUGCACAUGUCGAUGUUCUGGGUAAUUGUGAUGUUUCUUAUCACAAUUGAGCAAAAGCUGACGGGUUCCUCCGGGCUCAGCUGCGACGCUGAGGCAUGAGGUCAUCGUGUUUAUUUUCUUCUCAUUUUUGCAGGUGGCAGCAUAUGAUGCAUGCGGAUCAUUCCAUUCGGAUGUUUCGCACUAAUUCCCACGUAUAACUUAGUGCACGUGUCCAAAUCCGUCCUCGUGAGCCCUAAACAAUGCUGAAAGGCAUCUAGCAGUUCUCAGUGUGGCAGAGCCACCUGCUGCACCUCUGCUCCCCCUCAGCUUCAUAAUACGCUCAGAUCGUGCCAAGUGACCUGCUGUGCGUCCUACAGAGGCCUUUUGUGAUUGUUGUCGCCAUGGAAACGAACGAUGUUCAUCACUGUUUAGAUUUGGUAGUCACUGAAGUUGUUCCAGGACGAGGGUUUAGAUACUUCAUAGCAUUAACUGCCUGCACCCACUGUACCUGCCCACGGGUCGAAUCGAGCCACGACAGCUGGAGUAGAAGUUUUCUGUCCACGGAACCUGCUGCUAAACGUCUGCAGCAGCUCCUCCGCUUCCCUGCAUGCAUCAGUAACAGAUAAACACUGCCACCUGCUGUUCAACAAUCCAACAAUUCCUUGACUAAUCGUCAAAUACUUUGUGAUUUUGAGUCUAUUGUCUAGUCCCUGAUACUGACAUCACAUUCAUUUCUAUGAAACCCUGUAACCUGAUCAGUCAACUUUGUUGUGGUUUUUGUUUAACAAAGUGCCAGCAUCAAUUGUGGGUUCUACUCAGAUACGUUGUGUAUUAUCCAGAAUGUCUAACGUGAAAUGCCAUUAAUGUAUAGUGUUAUAUAUAUAUAUAUAUAUAUAUAUAUAUAUAUAUAUAUAUAUAUAUAUAUAUAUAUAUAUAUAUAUAUAUAUAUAUAUAUAUAUAUAUAUAUAUAUAUAUAUAUAUAUAUAUAUAUAUAUAACCCGAGUGGCUACUCGGUCGUUACGCUGCAUCUAACGAGCAAGUAGAGCUGUUUCAUAUUGGAUCUGAAGUGUUUUUCCAAAUUACUCAAAGUAAUACUUGCUUUAUGUUUUCUGUUGUGAGGUAACUUCACUAAUUUUCUCCACCAAUAAUAAAAGGGUCUUUCGUGGAUAGAUGGAAAUGUUCCUGUGGGCUGAGUCAAAGAACGGCGGGUGAUUCACUCACAGGGCUUCUCUUAGUCACCAGUCGGGUCAUUCAUAGUGUUGUUGCAGAAAAGCACAUGAAAAUGAUUUGCUAAUAUCUUUGGGUGAUGUUUUGCUCAGUAGAAAAAACUGUGUGGAAACUUAGUUUGGCUCGUGUGAAGUAGGAGCAGACUCCUCCACACAGUGCACCUCUUCUGUCUCACUUAUGCUUUGCUGUUCAUGCCCAGAUGUCGCGGCGUUCAAUGAGCUGCUGAUCGUCAUAUCUGUACAUAUUUUAAUGCCACUGACUCGACGAAUGCAUCGCCACAGUAAGGACACAGCACCCACCCGAAGCCUUACGGGAAAGACCGGUUCCUUGCGUACGUUUUCAGUUCCAGUCUGUCACUUCACGCCACAUGAAGGGACGGCGGCUCCCUGACCGGACGAGGCAUCGAUGAAGUGCACUUGAUUUAAAUUGCGACGUUAUUUUUCUUACCUUGGAGAUGCCCCUUCUUUCUUAUGUUUAAGAAAUAAAUGGCUGAGGUAUUAACAUCUUA